UGGGCUAUCCCAUUUCCCGCCAUAACGCUCAUCCCCAAUUCCACCCGAUAUGCCCGAUUUGUGUAUCACUUAAUCAGAGAUGGGAAGUCUGUCCACAACACAGAGAAAGAGAGGACUUCUGCUGGAACAAUAUUUUUUUAAAUCAACUCUUCAGAUCUCUGUCAUUUUCCAGAAGCCAUGGAAGAUGAACAACUCGGUGAAAAAGAAGAGAAAUCCUUGGAGGGGCAAGAUGCCAUGCAGAUUGAUCAUGCUCCCCAAGUAACACACAUCCCUCAAGGAUUCAAUGCCGACCACCUCAGGGUCUACUAUGGAAAAUUGUUUCCAUAUGCUGAAAUAUUCAAGUGGCUGUCAUGUGGACAUGAUGGCAAGCAUCCAGCCUGUGAUUCAUCUUAUUAUGGUCGAAGGGAGUUCUCUUUUACUCUAGAACAUGAUAUAUAUAUUCGGUUUCAGUCUUUUCAAGAUGCAGCGGAUAUGGAGAAUUCUAUCAGAGAGAAGUGUCCACAUAAAAUAGAUAUUGGAGCUGUGUACAAUGUUGAUCCUGCAAAGAGACACGCAUAUGCUCAACUAGGAGACAAGGUUUUCAGUCCUAUAGAAAGAGAGCUGGUUUUUGAUAUUGAUAUGACUGACUAUGAUGAUGUACGAUAUUGUUGUUCGGGAGCUGAUGUUUGCGUAGACUGCUGGCAUUUGAUGACUAUUGCUAUUAAAGUCAUAGAUACUUCUCUCCGAGAGGAUUUUGGUUUUGAGCACAUUCUCUGGGUUUAUAGUGGUCGCCGUGGGGUCCAUUGCUGGGUCUGUGAUGGAAGAGCAAGAAGGCUUAGCAAUGAGCAAAGAGCUGCAAUUGCUUCCUAUUUUCGUGUGUACAAGGGGAGUGAAAACACUAAUAAAAUGGUCUCUCUGAGUGGGCCUGUGCUGCAUCCUUCCUUGACAAGAGCUUAUGCAGAUGUCUUAAGGGUUUAUUUUGAAGAGAAAAUACUUCCAAGCCAAAAGUUAUUUUCAUCUGAAGACAGAUAUCAGAAGAUAAUGGAUUUGAUACCAGAUGAUUCAAUUGCAUCCCAAUUUCGAGAGAAAUGGCGAGAAAACAGGCGUUCAUCUGUUUCAAAAGAAGAUAAUAAUAUUGGUCGCUGGAAACAAUUGAGACAGCUACUUGAGUCAGGAAAACAUAGGGCACCAGGAUUACGACAUUGCAUUGAGGAAAUUGUUUUCUCUUACACCUACCCUCGGCUAGACAUGGAGGUGUCAAAGCAUAUGAAUCACUUGCUGAAGGCACCAUUUUGUAUUCAUCCAAAAACUGGUUGUGUCUGUGUGCCAAUAAAUCCCGAUGAUUGUGAGAACUUUGAUCCUACAAGUGUACCCACUCUUUCUCAAUUGCUUCAAGAACUGAACACAGGAGGAGUUCUUGCUUCCGGAGGUAGUUUUAAUUCGGAUGGAAAAGAUUGGGAGAGAACAUCGAUUGCGAAGUCUGUUUAUCUUUUCAGAUCAGUAUUUUUACAACCAUUUCUGAAAUCAUGCAGGGCUGAGCUGGAAAGCGCAUACAACACAAGGCUGCAUGAAUCUGGAGUGAGGGAUUCUUUACGCUGGUAAAACACUUCCGGUGGAAGGCUAGAAAAGAAACCCGUAUUCAUCAUCAAGGCUAAUGUGUUGUAGGCCAGUGCUAAUGUGAGUAUCCCUGCAAUUAAACAGACUUUCUUUGAGAUAGUUUGUAAUGUAAAUGUUUCGGGUGGAACAUUCUUGCUGGAAAUAAUAUAUCUAGUAGAGCAGCUUACAGAUAUUUUCUGCAACGCCAUGUAAAACUUUUUUCCAUUUGUUAUUUCCAGCAAUGUGAAUUGAGUUUAAAAAUCAAA